AUGCCCAAGGCUCUGCUGCGUUUGGGGAUCGAGCGCGGAGCCCGGAGCGCUCACCUGAGGCUUCGUCCUGCGUGCGCGCUGCCUGCGCCAGCACGCGUCCCGGGAGCCUGGCGCCGGCCUCGGGGUGGGCGCUCGGCGGGGCGGCGCUGGCCGUGGGCACCCGGCUGGGCGCGGCCUCCAGUGGCGGCCCGUUCCGCCCGUUUCCACCUGCGCGUCCGGGCGCGGAGGGCGGGCCGCCACUGUAUUUACAGAAGGAGGCGGUGCCAGAGAGGGCGCGGCGGCGGGGGCACGGCGGGGCAGGGCGGACUGGCGGGAGCUGGCCGCCACCGGGUGCUGCCCUGCGGGGCCGGAGGCGCGUCCCGCGCGGCGGUGGGUGACGAGGGGCGGCCUCGGAGCCCAAGGCUGGCAGAUGUGGCCGCUUCGCCCGUGACCGUGCGCGCGAGGAAUCCGGGAAAAAUGGGCACCCCCGCCACCUCCCUGGCCCUCAGCCGUGCGAGGAGUUUCAGGAUGGGUUUGCCAAUCCCCGUGCUAUUUGUAACCUGCCCUGUGACACGUGACACGGACUCAACUAUGCCAGUUUCCACCUCAGAGGUCAGGGCGCUGUGGAAGGCCUUUCGUGUACAAGAGGGUUUCCGUCUCCACUGGGCCCUCAUGCUUUCCUUCUCCUGUGUGUGCAACUCGAUCUCUGGCCGCGUCGUGUGAGGACCUGCAAGGGGCCUGUUGAUACAGCUGCCCUCCGGUGCCACAUGACUGCAGGCUGGCCACACAUGACGGCCGUGAAUGUACAGACACCAAGGACCAUCAGAUUAGCCUCUGCUCGGGAUAUCGGCUGCUUGGACUGUUUGCCUUGUGGAGCCUGUUUGACUAAAUUAAAAUCCUUGGAAACCGAUCGUCAGUCAAGCAUGAAAGACAAAGCCACCAGCCUGCAAGGUGCCCAUCUUGGGGGCAGACCUAUUUUGAGGAGAGAGGCUGGGUGACCUCCUUCCUCUCUAAAACAAACUGGCCUUUUCCAGCCUGUGUGGUCAUGAAAAAAGAGAAGACCGGACAGAAUCCUUAGAAAAACAGCAUGAGAACAAGUUUUUUAAA